AUCACACAUAAGCUCAAAAUGACAGAAGAUCAGGAGCUACUGGCCAAAAUCAGCCAGCUAGCUGGCCAAAUCAACCAGCACAAGAAUCAGCGAUCGCAUCCCCACCAUACAGCAUCAUCAAGCUAUAGCGGCCGUCAUCCACGCGCCGGCUGGAGUCCGUACGGCUUGCGAGGCUCUCAGCGCCGCCCCCCUGUCUCUCAUCGCAAUCGUACCUUGAUCCUGAACAAUGCCUCAGGAACCUCGCGCGAGUCGUCUCUGACCCCAGCGGCUGUAUCCGAUGCUACCACUACCGCCGACAACGUCACUCCGCCGUCUGCAUCUAACGGCUGGGUCGCGAAACGUGACCGACACAUGCAGUUAAUCAACUCUGCUAUAUACGACAAGGAAGCACAGGCUCGCACAAAAGCCAUCGCCAAAACAGAGAAGAAUAAGCAGGAGCGGAGGACCAAAGCUGAAGAAGCCCAGGUUAUGAGAUACGCGCAGGGGAGUCGAACUCCACACAUGAACGCUGUUCCGGCUUCGACGGAUAACACCUCAUAUCAAGUCAUCAUACAAGAUAUUCCCUUCCAGGUUGCACGGGGCGGAAGCAAGCUUGUCAGGAAAUCCAGUGAUCGGAAAGAUGCGGAUAAGACACCCAAGAAGGUUGCUGUCGGAGGCGUCACGUUUGUGCGCAGCAAGAACGGUAACCUUCACCGGCUGGGUGCAGUAAUAAGCAAGAGGAAACCAAGCAAAAUCAAGAAACGAGAUGAACUUUGCAAGCGAUUCUCUCGAACGGGAACCUGCUACAAAGGACCAGCAUGUCCCUACAUCCACGAUCCCAACAAGGUUGCAAUCUGCAAGGAGUUUCUUCAAACUGGUAAAUGCCAUGCUGGAGAUAGCUGUGAUCUGUCCCAUGAGCCAUCGCCCCAUAGAUCCCCUGUUUGUGUGCAUUUCCUAAGAGGCCGCUGCUCGAACCCAGACUGCCGCUAUGCCCAUAUCCGCGUGACUCCUGGUGCGCCGGUAUGCCGUGCAUUCGGGGUUCUGGGUUACUGCGAGAAGGGUGCCGAAUGUCCAGAUCGACAUGUCUACGAGUGUCCUGAUUAUGCGAACACGGGGAGUUGCAAGAAAUCGAAGUGCACGUUGCCACAUGUUGACCGCGCAGGACAGAUUCGAAAGACUGCCAAUAACAACAAAGUGGAAACUGACGUUGAUGAAGACAUCUCCAGUGACGAAGAGCACGAGGAGAUUGACUCGGAUGAUGUUGAUUCGGACGAGUUGGACUCUGAUGAUGACACGGUGGAGAUGAUCGAGGCGGGGAGCGAGGAUAACCAAGUUUCCGGACAGCAGGACUUUGUCCAUUUGUGAUACUAACUAGAGCAGACUCAGACUCCUUUCGACGUAAUACCCUGUUACUCUCGUUUCUCUAUACUCUUGUUUCUGUAUUAGUGCCUCGACAUUCACCAGCAAAAGAAUUGCUGCUUGAGUCGACACAUCUUAUACAGCACAUGUUAAUAACAAUGAACAAAAUAUACAUUAUCAUCCCUCUCCAAUACUCAGUAUGUCAUAAAACUCAGCCUUCACAGUAUCCCUCUACAAUCCCUCAUCACCAUCAGCAUAACCAGCGCGGGCCUCCAACCCCUGAGUUACCUUCCUCCAAAAUCAAGAACCCACUAAUUCCAUCAAUAUU